GCCGCCGUCGUCUCCCGGAAAAGUGCACGAGCCGGCAGUCCGCGUACGUCAUGGCGGCAAGACUCCUCUUUGGGGCUACGUGGACCUGGACCGGCUGGCGGGCCCGGGAGCUCCCGGUCCCUGCCGAGCUUGGAAGACUCCUCGUACGGGGAUAUGCCAAGAGACCGGCCAUGAAGGGGGGCAAAGGCGCCAAAGGCGGUGUGGCCAGUGAGGCCCUGAAGGACCCAGAGGUGUGCACAGACCCCGUCCGACUCACCACACAUGCCAUGGGUGUCAACAUCUACAAGGAGGGCCAGGACGUGGUCCUGAAGCCAGACGUGGAGUACCCCGAGUGGCUGUUUCAGAUGAAUGUCGGCCCCCCCAAGAAGCUAGAGGAACUGGACCCUGAGACCCGCGAGUAUUGGCGACUGCUGCGGAAACACAACAUCUGGCGUCACAACCGCCUGAGCAAGAACCAGAAGUUCUAGUGGGGGAAGGGGCUGGGCCGCCCGGAGCCACCGGGGACCUCACCAGGCCCUAAAGGAGGACCCCCGAGGCACACCACAUCUCCUCCCCGCCCCCAUGGAAGACUCGAUUUUCCUGGAGAAAACAGGGUUUUGAGAACAGAGGAGCCCCCUGACCUGGUGCCUGUUUGGUCCCCACGGCAAGGCUGAAUCAGGGCCCUGGGGGCCGUCCCUGGCAAGCCCUGGGUGCUGUCUGGGGUCAGUGGGCAGGGGUGUGCCUCAGGCCUGUGGCUGCAGGGGGAGGUUUUUCUAGACACGCCUCUCGGUUGCAGGGGACUCAAACGAGCUCCAAACUACCCAAACAUGAGAGGGAGACUGAAGCGUCCAGGGCGGGCUCUGCCUUCAGGAGUGCUGACUCGGGGGCUUCGCUAUCCAGACAGACAGCUUUCUCUGGCUCUGGGUCCUUGUAGCCCCCGUGGGUAGUUCUCCUGGGCAGGGGUGGCUCCAGGACUCCUGGCUGACACCCCUUACCCGGUUUAGCAAGCCCAGCCAGAGGGAGGGGACUUCCUUUUCCUUCCCACUAAGGUCCCGUGUUCUCUGCAUUGGCCAGUUAGUUGAGCCCCGGGACCUAGGCCUACCCACCAUCCUCCUCCCCACCCCAUUAGUGCCCUGGGCUCAACCUCCCCCACACCCCCCCCCAGGAAAUGCGUCUGGGAGUCUUGAACUUGGCACUGUGAACCUGACCCACAGCCUGCGCGAGAACCAGCUCCCCACAGUCCUGGCCCCUGCCCUACCUGGCUAGGGGCAGGGUCACCAGGGUGAAGCCUGAGAGGGUGUGCGGCUGCAGGGGUGGGGUGGCUGCAUGAGGGCACAACCUGGGGGGCUGGACCAGGGGCCGGGGGUCCUCUGCGCUGUCUUGGCUAGCAGGGCUGGGCAGGGCGGGGGACUAACUCCGCCUCUUCCCAGGAGCCGAGGGCCCUCAUCCUCUAAGAGGACUGCCAAGCGGAUUACCUGCUCUCUCGGGUGGCCUGCCCAGAGCAGGUCCCAGCCCUCCCGUGGAUGUCCGUGGUUCUCAGGGUAGACACAAAGUUGUAGCGGCCACGAGGCACCUUGCUCGCUGUGCUUCAGCCCCAGGGCCUCCUGGGUUCUCCCGCACACCUGGCCGGUCCUGCCCCAGGGCUUUGGACGUGCCAUUGCCUCUGCCUGGCGGCUCUUCCCCGAGGUGUUCCCGUGGCUCACUCCUUUACCUCCUCCGGUUUUCCAGUAUCCCCUCCAAGAGGCCCCCCAUCCGCCUCGUUCAACUACAGUCCUGUCACGCACUCCA